UAGAUUGUUUGCUAAUUAAUAAAUUUGUUAACCCAAACAUAAAAUAAAUAAAUAUAUAAAUAUAUAUAUAGAUUAUUGAUAAUAGAAAGUAAAAAUAUGAAUUUUGAUUAUAGUAUUAAAUUUUAAUAAGGAGAUUUAUCAACUAAAAAGGAUGAUCAAAACACUCAGAGAUCAGAUUAUGAAUUAUAGAAUAGCUAUUAUGAUCAAAAUUUAUAUGGUCCUCUAAGUAAUUAAAUGAAUAAUCAUAGCAGAAACAAUUAUAAUGAUGAUUAAUUUUAGUAAAAUAAGAGAUCUUCUUCAUAAAAAAGUGAAAAAUAUGAUAGAAAUGACAUUUAAAAUGGAGAGAUUUAAAAUUUAAAUGCAAAUAGCACAGAUAAAAGUAUAAAUCGCGUUCAAAAAAAAGACGCGUAAGAUGCUACUAGUGGAAAUUAGAAAUUAAAAAGAGAGAUGCAAGAAACAAUAAAUGAAAAUGAAGAAGAAAAAUCUUAAAUUGUAAUUCAAGAAAAUGCAAAUUUUGAAGACAAUAAUUAAUUUUAGCAGUUUAUAGGACAUAAUUUAAUAAAUGAAAGUUAAAAUUAAAAUCUAAAUUUCUAUUUUUAAACAUAUCAGAAUUUUUAGUGCGAUUUAUAAAAUUCAGAAAGAGACCAAAGAGAAAAUAUCACCUAAUAAUCACAUAAUCAAUAGUUAAGAAAUAAUAUUUAGUUACAAAGCAAUAGCAAUCAUUAGCAUAAUCAAAUUAUAAAAAAUAAUGGUUUUGAAAGAUAAUCAUCUGUAAAGUAAAUGCAUCCUAGAAAAACUUCAGAAUAGAUAAACAAUAAUGACAUUAUUAAUAUUCAAAGCUAAUAAGAUACUCAUAAUUAAUUUUAAAAUAAAGAUAAUAAUUUAUAUUAAAGUGGGAUUAACUAAACUUCGUAAGAAGGUAUUUAGGAUCAGUAUUGCUUUUAAGGCAUAAAUACAAUAGAAUCUUAAUAAAAAAUGUAAUAAAAUCCAUAUAUUUACGAGUAACAAACACAGAACAAUUCCAAAAGUUCUACCAAUAAAAAAAAUCUUGUAUUAAAAAGGUAAUAUUUUGAUGUAGAACCAUCGAAGGUUUUAGAAAAUUAGCAGAAGAAUAGAGGUUAUUAAAGUAAUGAUGAAAAACAAGAGAUGUGUAAAUAUAAUUUAUAGUAUGGAGUUUGUGAAUCAUAAUCAAACUAAUUCAAAUAAUCAAAAUCUUAAUUUCAAUAUUAAGGAUAAGAAGAAGAAGAAGAAAAAGAAUAAAAAAUGAAUAAUUAAUUCUCAUAUGGAAUGAAUUCCUUACAAAAAAACACUAAGGAUUUAAUAUUCACAAAUAAUUAAAAUAACAACAAAUUUUAUGAUGAUGAUAAUUAAAGUACUCAGUUAUUAAAGGAAGUGGAUAAUUUUUAAUUUCAAUAAUCAUAAGAACCUGAUCAGCAGGAUUAAGAAAAAUAAAAAUUACAAGUUUAGCUGGAGUGUAAGUAUGAUCAUGAAUUUCAAAAUUUAAUUUACAAGUAUACCGAUCCAAAUUAUUCAAAACAAUUAAAGCAAAAAAUUGAAUUUAAUAAUUAAAAAGAAUACUUGCAAGAAAUGCUAAAUUGCUAAUUAGAAAAUGAGACAAAAUAUAUUAGAAAUCAAAAGGACAAUUUUAAGUAAGCUUAAGUGUUUCCAUUUAAUUUUAAAAUUCGAAAGAUUAAAUUUGAAGAAUAAGGACUGAUUGUUUAAGGGAUUGCAGAAUUUAAAUAAGAUAUAAACUUAAAAUAAUAUAUAAAUAAUAAUUUAGUUAUAAAUCAAAACAAAAACGAGUUCACUUCAUAGAUUUUAUCCUUCAGUAAAAAUUGUAAUGAUAAUAUAAAUGAUAGUAAAGAUUUUGAAAGCGAAAAUAAUGAUGAAGAAGAAGAAAAUUCAUUUGCUAAUUUAGGCUUAAAUUAUGCAGAAUAAAAUAAAUAACCUUAAAAUAAAAAAGACUAAAAAACUUAUAAUAUCAAAAUGAAAGUACAUAUUAACUAAAUUAAUGGUAUUCCAAUUAUCUUGCAGUUCUAUUCUCAACAAGAGUCAAGAUAGAAAUUAGAAUUGAUUUUAUUUUAAAUUCAUUCUAAGGAGAUCAAAAAUAAUUUUUUUAUCUUAAAAUCUUUAAUUGAUGAUGAUAGCAAGAAUAACUCGAUUGAAAGAAUUAUAAAAAAUUAUAAUUAAAUGGAUAAAAAUACAAAUAAUGAAUUUGAACUUCCAAAUUACAGUUUUCUUAAAGACAUUGACAAAAAAAUAUUUUUUAAUUGUAUUGAGCAAAAAGCAAAUUCAUUAAAUGACUCGUAUGACCUAAAUUAAUCUCAAAUUGAGUGCAUUAAGUUUAUGCUAACUAGAAGUGUUGCAUUAAUUCAGAAUCCUAAAAUCUUCAACUAAAUAAAGUAAAAAGAAGAUAUUUAAGAUAAUUUAAAUUAAUAGAAUAAUCGAUAAUAAUUUUAAGGUAAAUAAAACAAGAAUAAUAACUUAAAAAAAAAUAAUAUCAACCAAAAUUAAAAAUUUAAUGAUGAUUUAUUCUUCAAUUUUUAAACUCAGUUUGAAGCAUUAAAAAUAUUGCUAAAUUUUUAUUCUAGAUAAGAAAAAAGAAAACCUAUUCUAAUAAUUUGCUCAAACAACUAAGUCAUAUAGUAGUAUAAGUUUAAGCUGCUUUAAUAUUAAGGAAUUUAUGAAUUUAGUAGCAAAUACUUAGAAAGUGAAAAAACCCUAAAGUUUAAUAGUUUAUAUAGACUAAGCAAAAUAAUUGAAAAAGAAAAGUAAAAGAAUCCAUAGAAAUUUACAAAUAAAAUCAAGGACAUAAAUGAUACAUGGAAAUUCUUAAUUAAAUAUAAGUCUAAAAUGGUUUAAAGAGUAAUUAAACUCUAAGAGCUGAAGGCAUUCUAAGAUUAAUUCAAUUAGUAAGAAAAAGUCCAAAAGAUUAAUUUCUCUUCAAAGAUUACUCAGUUGCUAAUAAAUGAAUACUUCAAAGAUGCUACAGAUAAUGUAAGGAGUGAUAAAAUCGAACUUGAAGAAAAAAUAUUUGAUUCAUGGAGUUAGCUAGACCUUAAUUCUCAAAAAAUAAAGGAAAUAAUCAAAAUUGAUUUAACGGAUUAAUAAAUAAAAAUAAUUGACUAUAAUUUAAAUCAACUAAGAGAACAGAAAAAAUUUUAUGAUAAGAAUUUUAAUUCAGAUUAUUUUAGAAUUAUACCAGUAAUUUUCAACUUAGAAGGAAAAUAAUUAGAUAACUCUCCGGAAUCUUUUUCAGAGUUUUUCAAUAGCUUCCAAAAGCUGAGCUAAAUAAAUUAUUAUCACAUGAUGUCUAUCUUAGACUUUAUUUUCUUUUAUUAAGCUAAGAAUAGCUUAACAAAAUUUUUUCAAAAAUUUGAAAGUAGUAUUUUAGAUGAUUAAAAAAGUCUAACUGAAUAUAUAGUCUCUAAUUUAAAUAAGCAGGAUGUCAUUUUGGCAACAGUUGAAGAGUCAAUAAUUCAUUACUAAGCAUUAAAAAACAUAAAUCCAGAAAUAAUUAUAGUAGAUGAAACUUUAGUAUAAAAAAAGGAAUACUAAACGACUCACAUAAUUUCUUCUUUUCAGCCAAAGCAUUUGAUAUACUUUGGAGAUUUGUUUUAAUUAAAAUUAAUACCUAGCUCUAAUUAGCUAGAAAUAAGCGGAAGAAAUAUUUUUAAUUAAUUUGAAAGACUAGAGAAACUUCAUUUUCCUUUUUUUUAAAUUAUUAAAUAAAUAAAUAAUAAUACUUUAUAAGUAUUUGAUGAUGAAUAUGAUGAUAAAGAAUUAAAAAGUUUUAAUAAAGUUGAAAUUUUUUAAUAUGAAUUUGAAAUAUCUUCUUAAUAUAUAAUUAUUAUUGAAAGUAUUAAGCAGUAAAAAUAAUACAUUUCUGAUCUUAUGAGCAAAAUUAUCUAACAAAGGAAUGAAAAUAAUAAUCAAAAUAAAGAAAACUCUUUAAAGCUAGAAACUAUUUACUACAAUAAAAACAAUGAUUUUCUUAUCAUAACUUGCCGUCAAACUAAUACUUAAAGCAUUUUAAAUAGAAAAAUUUAAAGUUACAAAAUAGAAUUUGAUAAAGUAAAUGAGGAUCUUAAUCGACCUCUUUUAGCUCAUGUAGCAAUUUAUUUAGAUUAAAACAUCCCUAAACACAACUUUAAAUAUAUUAAACUAAAAUAUAAAAAAAUAGAUUAUCAAAUAUAAUAAAAAUAAAUUUAAAUUGAAAAUUAAAUCAAUUAAAGUUAUUAAAGUGAUUAAAUUUUAAAUCCAAUAAAUAAUUAUGUUUCAUAAUAAGAGCAAGAUAGUAGAAAAUCUUCAAAAGAAAUAGAUGAAAUUGAAAAUAAAAGUAGUCUUAAUGAUAGUGAUAGUGAUAGUGAUAGGGAUAGUGAUAGUGGUGAUGAUGAUGAUAAAGAAAUAGUAGAAGAAGAAUCAAAAAGCUAAUAUUAAGAAAAAUAUUAGAAUAAAUAAGAAAAAUCAUAAGAAUAAAUAAUAGAUCAUAGAUCAUAUAAUGAAGAUGAAGAAGGAGAAGGAGAAGAAAAAAAAGAAAUUAAUGAGAUACAAAUAAAAAAAUAACAUCAGAAUGAGAUUCAUAUGAAAUGUUAUGAAGAAAAUGAUGUAAACAUAGAAGAUAUAAUUGAGAGAAAAGAGGAAUUCUAAUAAAUAACAAAUAAGAAGAAUAAGAAAAAGGAAAAACUAUCAAAAUAAAAGCAGAGAAAUAAUAUUUUACCAAAUGAAUUUACAAAUUAAAAUGGUGAUGAUGAUUCAUAUGAAUCUGAAGAAGAAAUUUCUUAUGAUAAAGAGUAUGAAUAAGCAUUUAAAAAUGCAAAAUAAUCGUUUAAAGAUAUUCUCUAUUAGAAGGAGCAUUCUAUUUUUGUUAAGAAUUUAGUUCUACUUGAAGAAAAUUUGAUAAAAUUAAUUAGAUAAAAUAAAUUUUUAUUAUAAAAAUUAGAUUAUGUUCUCUUGUGCUUUAUAGAUAUAUAAGAUUAAAACACUGAAACAGCCUCAAUUGAUGAAUAAUAAAUUAACUAUUAUAUAUAAGAGUUUUAAUAAAAAAUUAAUACAGCCUCAAUUAAUGAAUAAUAAACUAUCAUUGAUCUUCAAGAGUUUUAUUAAAAUAUUUUGUAAACUUAAUGCAAUUUUAAAGUUUUUAAAAAUAGUAGGAUUAUAGAAUUGAUAGAUAUCUCUGGCAAACAUUUGGAAUAAUAAUAAUUCAAAAUCCACGAUGACGAUUAAAAAGUGUUUUAAAAUAAUUAAAGAAAAAUUAAGAGAUUAAAUUUGGCUAAGGAGUAUAAAACUUAAAUUAUUGAUUUUUACUGGGUCAUAAUUUAGUUUUUAUUGUAAGGUUUUAAGUAUUACAAAGUUUUAUAUGAGAUAAAUAAUUUAUCAGUCAAAAUAAAAUAUAAGAAAGAUAAUUUCGAAGACAUAAAGUUCUCUUAUGAAUAAAUUAAUUGCAAAGAAAAUAAAUAAUCAGACGAUAUUCAAAAUCUAAAUUCUUAUUUUAAAGAAAUUUUUGCUUAGGAGUAUGUGCCUUUCAUCUUUAUUUUAACCUAUUCCAAAGAUAAUGGUUGGAAUUUUUAAUAAUUUUCUGUUGAAGAUAAUUUUUUUGAAUUAAAAUAAUAAUUUUCAUUAGCAUUUAUCUUGGUUUAAAAUAAUAAUAAUGAUGAAUAAAUUUAAAACAAUAACAAUCAAAAUGAAAUUAAAAAAAAUAAAGAUAAAAUAUAAGAACUUAAUUAAAUAAUGAAAUUAAAUUCAGAAACUUUGAAAUCAAUAGGUAUAGUGAGUAUAAUUAAUAAUAUUUGA